AUGUCCGACUUGGAUGGUAGCCAUGACCCGCUCUCUCCCAUCUUCGCCUCGGCCCACCCUCACAUUAUCGACGCGAUCUUGGCCGCCAGUGAUCGACCCACGCUCCUCGCCUUCCGCGGGACCUCGCGUGCGAUGCGCCGCGCAGCCGACGCCCGCCUCUUCGCCGAGUUCCUCCUCCAUGCGUGGCUGCUAGACAUCGACUCACCCUCAUCCCCUAGUGUGUACCCCAAGAGCAUGGGUACCAUUCCUGGCUGCUGGGACGGGCGCGGACAUGCCAUCAUCACAGCCUACGACACCGAAUUGCGGCGCUUGCCUUUACACCUCACUACAGCUGUGCGCAAGUCCAGCUGGGCUUGGUCCGACGUCUUUGGCCCUCCUGACUCGGACUACGUUGUCCGCGGGCCGCGACCCUGGCCCCGCGCCCGCUUGCUGCACACAUGCGGCCUCCCCCCAAGCCACCCGACGCGGUUGGUUCUGGAUGGCCUGCAGACUCUCUCCGAUCUCAGCAUCCACGGCGGUGCGGAUGCCGCCAUCGAUGCGCCGACGCUGGUUCUCUGCCCCCCUGCACCGCGUCACGGGGGACCUUCACGAAUGGACCCCCCGACAGGCACCGUGGAGGUCGCAAACGCCCGCACAGUGGUCCACAUCCUCUUUUCGAGAUUCAGCUCCUCUUGCUCUGUCGCUGUCGUCCACAACCCAAUCUGGGGCGUGAUCCCUCCGCAAGGUGGCGAGAUUGUGUACAUGUUCCCUCGGAGGAUGACAAAUGCGGCAGGCAUGCACGACCUGUUUCGCCUUUACUCAUUAUUGCCCGCGCUGGAGGCCGCGUUGGCGCGAGACGCGCGCGUCACCCUCGUUGGCCUCGAUUCAAUGUAUCACUGGGAAGGCCCUGAUGCUCAACAAAAUGCGUCAACGUUCAUAAACCAAAAAUUUCUCCCGUGGCUGAGUGCGCCAGAGCGCAUCACAAUACUUCGCCACGACGAGUGGCAGCCGUUCGUCCACCCCGCAGUGGCGUGGUCUACGUGGCCCUCACACCUCAAGCUCUGCAAGAUGGGUACACUGGAUGUCCAAACACGGUAUGCACUGAAGCGCCUGGACCAUCCUGUCCGCCCUUGA